CAUGAACAAUGCUUAUAGUAACUUUUCCAUGUUGAUUUUGGAGGGGUUUGUUGUCCAAACGGAAGUUGGAUUCGUUCUCUUUUUCUCGGUUUUGGCUGCAUACGUAUUCAUUGUUAUUGGGAACGUGACCCUGUUUUUAAUGGUUACAUUCAACAGACGCCUGCAUGCUCCCAUGUAUGUAAUGCUAUGUAACAUGACUGUCUGUGAUUUAAUGGGGAGUUCUGCUGUCCUGCCAAGAAUGAUUUCUGACUUUCUGAAUGACAUUAAGCUGAUCUCCUAUGAAGCCUGCUUCAUUCAAGCUUUCUGCAUCCACUUCUACAGUGCAGCUGCUCACCUCAUAUUGACUGCAAUGGCGUUUGACAGAUAUGUGGCCAUUUGCGAUCCUUUACGAUACAGCACCAUAAUGACCAACAAAACAUUAGUCAAGCUUUGCUCAAUGGCCUGGGGGGUUAGUUUUACUUUAAUUUUUAUUCUGUUUGCACUUGUAUUAAAACUACCGAGAUGCAGAUCCCAAAUAAGGCAUGUUUAUUGUUCAAAUGGAAAUUUGUUUCUAUUGUCUUGUGCUGAUACAACAGUAAACACAGUAUUCGCUGUGUUUGUGUCUAAUUUUUUAACAGCAGUGUCUCUAUGUGCGAUUUUCUGGACUUACGCUAAAAUACUGAUUACUUGUUUAUUCAAAACUUUCAGCAACAGCAAAAGCAAAGCCAUCCACACCUGUUCUACCCAUUUAGCGGUUUAUGUUCUAUUUGAAUCGUCGCCGCUAUUUUCUAUUAUUGCUUUACAAUUUCCAAAUAUCACUCCAAAUGCAAUUAAAGCAAUGGGUGUGUUAACAAUAGCCAUUCCACCUUGUCUUAACCCUAUCAUUUAUGGAAUAAGUACGAAGGAAAUACGAGACAACGUGGCGAGAUAUUUUAAAAAGAAGGCAGUGAGAAGCAGGUGGAAAUGAGGAGAGAGUCUGAGAUGUGUCAAACACACACACACG